UCAUUUUUACACCUUAUUCAACUACCACCACAAAUUCUUCCAUUUUUCUCUCAAAAAAAUACUCUGUGAUUCUAUUCUUAUGGGUGCAGCCAUGUAUUUCAUUCCAAGACAAUUCAAUUUUAGUGGAUUAGCAAUUGGGGAGAUCGAUUUGCAUACACCUAAGUUCGCAGUUCAUUUGCAGGUUUUUUCGUUAAUUUUUUAGGUAUUGUAUUGUAGUCUGUAUUUUACUGUUUAUACUCAUUACAGAGCUGUUUGAAAAUGUAUAUAGGAGUAUAUACGGAUGAAAAUAAUCUUCAAAAUUUUGCGCGCCAACUUCUUCCGCCAAAAGUUAUUCUGAUUUUUUAAUAAAAUAAAAACGGAGCAUUCAGUGACCACCUCUCUUUCAAGAUUAGGAAAUUCCACCUCUCUGGUUAUUUUGUAGACUUCUAAAUCCUUUCUAAAUCCUUCUGCUUUUCUUGAUAAUGGAGAUUGUAGAAUUGGAAGGCUCUGAGGAAUACCAAGAUUCUAAUUCAAGCAAAAGAAUUUCAAAGGAUAAAAGAAAAAUUAUGUUUGAAGCUUUGCUAAAACAGAGUGUGAAUGGAAAAGUAAAACAUGGAUCAAUUAAAGAUCUGGCUACUUUUCAUUCUGUAUCGAAAAGGACUCUUAGCAGAAUAUGGAAAAAAGGGAUCACAGGUAUAGGAAAUGGUGAGGCUGCUGAUGUCUCAUUGAAUUUGUUAGGUAAUGUUGGCCGGAAAAGAAUCCAGUUCAAUCCCGAGGAUGUUGCACGAAUUCCAUUAAAUCGGCGAACAACAAUUCGCUCCACUGCUGCAGCACUACAAAUGUCAAAAACAAGUCUUCACAGAAGAGUUAAAGAGGGCUCCCUCAAAUCUCACUCAAAUGCUAUAAAGCCCUUUUUAACGGAGGAAAACCAAAAGAUAUGUAUGAUCGUGUUCACAUAGACGAAAAAUGGUUUUACCUUUCAAGAACAUCUCAAAAAUAUUACUUGCUGCCCGAUGAAGUUGAGCCAUAUCGUACUUGUAAAAGUAAAAGAUUUAUUACAAAAGUUAUGUUUCUGUGUGCUGUUGCCCGACCUCGAUUCGAUUCAACAAGAAAUGAAAUGUUUGACGGAAAAAUUGGAAUUUUCCCCUUUAUUUAUAAAGAAGCAGCGAAGCGUAGGAGCAAAAACCGGGAAGUCGGAACUAUAGAAACUAAGUCAAUCGAAUCUGUAACUAAAGAAGUUACAAGAAAAUGGUUGAUUGAUCAUGUGUUACCGGCUAUUCGAGCAAAAUGGCCUCGAAGUAGUUCAAAGACAAUAUAUAUCCAACAAGAUAACGCACCGCCUCACAUUGCUAUAAAUGAUACUGAGUUUGUUGAGGCUGCACAGAAAGAUGACUUCGAUAUUCGCUUAACAUUCCAACCCUCAAACAGCCCGGACAUGAAUGUUUUAGAUCUUGGUUUUUUUAGAGCACUUCAAUCCUUACAAUAUCAAGAGGCUUCACGUAAUGUGGAUGAGCUGAUUUUUGCUACUCAGAAGGCUUUCAAUGAGAUCUCAAUAGAAAGUCUUGGCAAUGUCUUUUUGACACUUCAACUUUGCAUGAUUGAAGUCAUGAAAAAGCUUGGAGGGAAUAACUAUAAGGUGCCACACAUUAACAAGCAAAGAUUAGAGCGAGAGGGGAUAUUGCCUACAACUAUUUCAUGUGAUUUGGAUGUUCUGAAUGGAGCAAUUUCGAGGUUGCAAUAGCACUUCAAGGUGUACGUGUUUGUCAUAUGCUUUGUAGUACUCCAUAAAAGGUCUGUUUUGUGUUGUACAUUUUGAUUAUUUUUGUUGGAAUUGUUUUGUAUGGAGUACAGAGUACUCAUAUAUUCAAAGGAAUGUAAGAAUCAAGUACGUUGUUUUUUGUAUUUUUGUGUUAACGACUUGUAUGAACUAGGUAUUGUGUAUAAAUGGCUUUAUUGUGACAAGAUUAACCUUAAUGUGUUUGGGUUAAUUGUUGUAAAAAACAUUUUUUGAUCUAUGUAUACUGUGAAUCUAUAUAGUGAUUUGAUCUAUGUUGUAAAAAGCAUUUUUUAAUUACCAGGUUCAAAUUAAAAUGAUUAAGCCAGGUUCAUUUUUUUGAUCUGCGGGUUAAUUAUGGAGUAUUUCAUUAAGCCAGGUUUAAGCAUGGAUAUCACUGGUGUGAUUUGGAACUUCACUGGCUAUCCAGUGGCAUGUAUUGUGAAUUGUGAGUCCAUAUAAAUCCUCAAACUAUAUUUGCAUAUGAGAUAUGUCCCACCAUCAAACAACCCUAUAUAGUUCAUGCGGAGCAUUUUUAUUGAAAAGAGAGCAGUUAGUUCAUGCGAAGCAUUUUUAUUGAAAAAUGAAAGAAGAAAAUUUUUGUGAUGUUUAAUUGAUGUGGGGUUUGGUUUAAGUAAAAUGUAGCUAGAGCAUAAAAUAAAGACAAUAUAAAAGGUGAAGUUGAUUGAUAUGAACAGUGGGUAGUACGAAGUACACUUAUAAUCUCGGAAAGCUCAAAGGGCAAAUGGGGGAAAACAUAUUAUAAUUGGUGUUCAUAAAAGGAAAGUAGACAGAGUUUUGGGACGGACUAAAAAGGAAAGUAGGACAGGUAAAAUGGGACGGAGGGAGUAUACUCAUGAAAAAGAGAAAGAGGUAAAACAAAUAAAGAAAGGAAAAGAAGUAAAAAAUAAAACCAAAGAAAAUAAGUAAAGAAAGUAAAAGAAAAAGAGUGAAAUCAACCACUAAAAAAAGUAAAGAAACUAAAAAACAAAAAGACAAAAAACGUAACAAUCAGAACCACCAAAAAAAGUAAAGAAAACAAAACAAAAAGUAAAAGUAACAAUCAGAAUUGAUGACGGUGGAAGAAAGAAAGGAAGAGGAAGGCGGCGGAAGAAAAGAAGGAAAAGAUGAAGGCAGCCGAAGACGAAAAGCGGAAGACUGCAGAAGACGAAAGAUGAUUUGCGGGAAAGAACAUGCUGACUCAGAGACUUGAAGUUGGUAUAUUUACAAAAAUACCGGUAGGAUAUUAAUUGCGCUUACCACCCAGCACCCAACCCACCCGAAAAAAAUAAAAAUAAAAAACAUUUUGGGCCCGGACUGGUCCAUCAAAACCCCAGUUCCGGCCAGUCGGGUUGGGCCGGUACCGCACAGUGACAGUCCGGACCGGGCACUGGGCAGGUACGACCGGGCCUGGUCCAUCACUAGACGGACAUAGUAAAAUAUAAAUGCACCGAAGACCACCCUAAUAACAAAUGGUUGAAAUUUACAACUCCCACCAUAACACUCAAUAACUCAACAAGAUCUUGUUGACCGGCA